AUGGCAAAAAGGUGCAUCACCCUAGAUGAAGUGUCACAGCUUCUGGAAGACUGCGAGGAAAAAUACUCGGAAGCUACUGUCUGUGUGCUACCGCCAAAUACCAGUCAAUUGUCAGACGAAGAUGAAGGGGAUGAGGACGUUGCCAAUGCAGGAAAUGUAACUGUUGCUGAUGUUCCGGGAGAGCUAGAAGUCGAAAUGGUUGGAGAAGACAUGGAAGACGACACAUUGUUUGAAAAUGAGGGGGAUGACGCUGAAACGGAAGAGAAUCAACCAUCAACAAGUUCUGCACCUCCAGCGAAAUGGCCAAGGAAGAAGAAAUGUCCUGUGCCGUCCUGGACAAAGCAGAAGAAGCCAGUCUUCCCAAAGACAUCUGCUCUGAAUGGACAGGCCGCCGGUGUUACAGAAAAUAAACUGAGACAAACUUUAGCCCAACAUAAUCCUGUGCAACUCUUUGAGGAAUUCUUUUCGCCAGAGAUAUAUGACCUAAUCUGUAAAGAAACAGUUCGCUAUUCAACGGAUUUUAGGAAUGAUCAUGAAUUUCAUACAUCAACUGAAGAAGUGAAGGUCUUCCUUGGGAUUUUGAUUAUAACUGGAUAUCAUAAAGUCCCGUCAGAAGCAGACUAUUGGAGUGAUGCAGAAGAUCUUGUCGUACCUAUUGUCAAGAAUGCUAUGUCCCGAAACCGAUUUCAGAAAUUGAAAAGUUAUAUUCAUUUUGUGGACAAUUCUACUGCAGACAGCAACAUAGGUGACCAAUCAUUCAAGGUGAAGCCGUUGUUUGAACUCUUGAAUGAGAAUUUCUGUAAAUUUGGCUAUUUUACACCCAAUAUCAGCAUUGAUGAGAUGAUCGUGAAAUAUUAUGGGAGAAACAGCCUGAAACAAUUUAUAAAGGGAAAGCCCAUCAGAUUUGGGUAUAAAUAUUGGGCCAUAUGCUCCAGCGAAGGAUACUGUUACACCUUCUCAUUGUAUUGUGGAAAGGAAACAACUGCAACAGAUGUGCCACUUGGUUCUCGCGUUGUCUUGAAUGCUGUACAACAUAUUGCUGAUCCAAGCAGCUAUGCUCUGUAUUUUGAUAACUUUUUUACAAACAUGGAUCUGCUCUCUCAAUUGGCAGAUAGAGGAUUUCGAGCAACCGCUACCAUUAGAGAAAACAGGAUCAAUAGAACAUGUCCAAUGAAGUCAUCAAAAGAGAUGAAAAAAUCAGAUCGUGGUGCCAGCGAGUACGUCUAUGACAGAACGUCAGAGGUACUUCUCGUGCGUUGGCACGACAAUAACAUUGUAACAGUUGCCACUAAUCAUGACUCUAUUGAGCUGCUUCAUGAUGUCAAGCGACGUGUAAAAGGCCAGAAAGAAAAGAGCACGGUGAAAAUGCCUAACUUGAUAUAUAAUUACAAUGUGUACAUGGGCGGUGUUGACCAUCAUGACUGGCUUGUUUCAAAAUACUGUGUUUCUAUACGUGGAAAGAAAUGGUACUGGCCCCUGUUUACUCGCUGCAUUGACAUGGCAAUAGUGAAUGCGUGGAUUCUGCACAAAAGUAUCCAUGGGGGAAAUGCCAUAUCAUUGAAGGAUUUCAGACGAGCAAUUGCCAUAGUUUAUUUGAAGACCACUGUCCAACGCAAGCAUGCAGGAAGACCCAGGGUGCCCAGACUACCAACAGGAGCUGACAUAAUGCGAUACGAUGGCGUGGGACAUUUUUUGAUGCAGAGGGAUAAACAGCGUCGCUGUCAGCGUGAAGGAUGCAAAGGCAAGCCUAAAACAUAUUGCAACAAGUGCAAUACAACACUUUGCCGUACUUGCUUUCAGCCAUAUCAUGAUAAGUAG